CCUUUUUUUUUAUUACAGUACCAGAACAGUUCAAGAAACCAAAGGAUGGGACGUGUUCAGAGACCCUCCGGUCAAAGUGGACUCUGGGUCCAUGGCCAAUCAGAAGUGUUUCGAAAUAUCGGCCAAAAUACUCAAAGUUCUAGCAUAUUUACUUACUUUUGUGAUAGUACUAGCAUCAGGUGUCAUAUCGAAGGGUACGCUGCUUUUCAUGACGUCCCAACUCAAAACUGACAAAAUAGUCGAAUAUUGUAACAAAGAAUUAGGUAGAGAAAAACAAUUUAUAGUUAAACAACCUGAAGUGGAAAGGGUAGCAUGGAUGUGGUGUCUCAUGUUCGCCUUUUGGGUUCCUGAAUUGGGAGCCUUAUUUCGUGCUUCCAGGAUUUGUUUCUUUAAGUCUUGUAAGAAACCGUCCUUUCCCAUAUUUCUCGUAGUUUUCUUCACCGAAACAGCUCACACCGUUGGGCUGGCUAUUCUGGUAUAUUUUGUACUACCAGAUCUCGAUGUUGUCAAAGGAGCUAUGCUGACCAAUUGUAUUUGCUUUGUACCUGGAGUUUUAUGCCUGUUUUCUAGAAGUAAAAAGGACUCGCAACGAUUUAUCAAAGUAAUAAUAGAUCUCAUAGCCAUUACGGCUCAAGUCACUGGAUUCGUUGUUUGGCCAAUAAUGGCAGGCAGAAAGGAAUUAUGGUUGAUCCCCAUUUCAACCGUUCUUAUUUCGAUCGGCUGGUGGGAGAAUUACAUAUGCGAACAGUCGCCAGUGCCAUUUAUAAAAGCUCUGGGAAAAGUAAAAAGCCAAAUGGACGCGACCCGUUAUUUCACGUACAUCUUCAUUUCAACGUGGAAAUGCGCCUGUUUCUUCCUCUGUCUACUCAUCAUCUGCUUGAUCAAAGAAGGAGAGGUUGCAUUUUUCUUCAACGAAUUUUCUAAAAGCUUCAGCGUUCACACGAUUACAAUAACAGAGAUAAAGCCACUGCUUGGCGGUGUAAUUUUGCCCGAUAUUUCCGAGCUACUUCCAACAGGAGACGACGUCACUAUACCAUCCUGGGAAUCCACUCCAUUGUACGUCUUAUUAAUUAACAUCACAGCAUCGUACCUGUGCUAUAUUUUCGGAAAGUUUGCUUGCAAAAUCAUGAUACAGGGUUUCUCGUACGCCUUUCCCGUAAAUCUAACCAUACCGGUAACGAUAUCUCUGCUAAUCGCCGCAUGCGGAUUAAGAAGUAGUGAUCCCUGCUUUCUUCACGAUACGAUACCCGGUUACUUGUUCUUUGAAAGUCCUCCGGCCGAUGUACUGAACGAUUUCAUAUCGCACCAACAUGCCUGGAUCUGGCUGGUGUGGCUGUUAUCUCAGACAUGGAUCACCAUACACAUUUGGACACCGAAAUGUGAACGUCUGGCGAGAACCGAAAAGUUAUUUGUGCUACCGAUGUACGACGGCUUGCUAAUCGAUCAGAGUUUAGCUCUGAACAGGCGGAGAGACGAUCAAGCCAACGUUAAACCUGAAGAUUUGGACGAGAUUCAGAAGGAGAAAGGCGACGAGUACUACGAAACAAUUUCAAACCAUACGGAUGGAUCUACGCCGAAAACUAUCAAAAGUUCAGAUCAUAUAACUAGAAUAUAUGCAUGCGCAACUAUGUGGCACGAAAACAAAGAGGAAAUGAUUGAAUUUUUGAAAUCCAUAUUAAGGCUGGACGAGGACCAGUCUGCAAGACGAGUUGCCCAAAAAUAUUUACGCAUUGUAGAUCCAGACUACUACGAAUUCGAAACACACAUUUUCUUCGAUGAUGCUUUCGAAAUUUCCGACCACAACGACAACGACAGUCAGGUGAAUCGUUUCGUCAAGCUCCUGGUUGCAACGAUCGACGAAGCCGCUUCUGACGUCCAUCAAACUCAUAUCAGAGUGAGGCCUCCGAAGAAAAUACCAACCCCCUACGGCGGAAGGCUCGUCUGGACUCUUCCCGGUAAAACGAAGAUGAUAGCACACUUGAAGGACAAGAUGAAAAUCAGACACAGGAAACGAUGGUCCCAAGUCAUGUACAUGUAUUACUUGUUAGGUCAUAGACUUAUGGAGUUACCGAUUUCCGUGGACAGAAAGGCUGUGAUUGCAGAAAACACUUAUCUUUUAACUCUUGACGGAGAUAUCGAUUUUCAACCUCAAGCUGUGCAUUUACUUGUCGAUUUAAUGAAGAAAAAUAAAAAUUUAGGUGCUGCUUGUGGAAGAAUUCAUCCGGUUGGUUCAGGCCCAAUGGUAUGGUACCAACUGUUUGAGUAUGCAAUUGGUCAUUGGCUUCAGAAGGCCACUGAGCACAUGAUUGGCUGUGUACUUUGUAGCCCUGGAUGUUUUUCACUCUUCAGGGGCAAAUCACUUAUGGACGAUAACGUCAUGAAGAAAUACACCACUUGUUCCGCGGAGGCCAGACAUUACGUGCAAUACGAUCAAGGAGAAGAUAGAUGGCUGUGUACACUUUUAUUACAAAGAGGUUAUCGAGUAGAAUAUUCAGCUGCUUCCGAUGCAUACACUCAUGCGCCAGAAGGAUUUAACGAGUUCUACAACCAAAGACGUAGAUGGGUACCGUCGACCAUUGCCAACAUUAUGGAUCUUCUUCAAGACUACAAGAAAACUGUCAAAGUCAAUGACAAUAUUUCAAUGCCUUACAUCGCUUAUCAGAUCCUUCUCAUGGGUGGUACGAUUUUGGGUCCUGGUACUAUAUUUCUUAUGUUGGUGGGUGCGUUUGUGGCCGCCUUCCAAAUCGACAACUGGACAAGCUUUUAUUACAACAUUAUGCCAAUUUUUUUCUUCAUGUUGGUCUGUUUCACAUGUAAAUCUAAUAUCCAGCUCCUGUGUGCUCAGAUAUUAUCGACAGGAUACGCACUCAUCAUGAUGGCCGUGAUAGUCGGUACUGCGUUACAAUUGCGUGAGGACGGCGUCGGUUCACCUUCGGCCAUCUUUUUAAUAGCAAUGACAGGGUCGUUCUUCAUAGCGGCCUGUUUGCAUCCUCAAGAGUUCUGGUGCAUCGUUCCAGGAAUCAUUUAUCUGCUUUCGAUCCCGUCCAUGUACCUCCUGUUGAUUCUCUACUCAAUCAUCAAUUUGAAUGUUGUCUCGUGGGGCACCCGAGAAGUUGCAACGAAAAAGACCAAAAAGGAACUGGAGGAAGAAAGAAAAGCUGCAGAAGAAGCCAAAAAGAGAGCUAAGCAAAAGUCCCUCCUCGGGUUUCUUCAAAACGGAGGUACUAACGACGACGACGAAGGCAGUAUUGAAAUAUCUUUAGCCGGUCUCUUCAGAUGUAUGCUCUGCACUCAUCAAAAGAAUCAAGAUGAAAAGGUCCAACUAAUUAAUAUCUCCGAAACAUUAGAAAAGCUUAACAAAAAAUUGGAGAAUUUGGAAAGGGUUGUUGAUCCUCAUGGUCAUCACGUUCACCGCAGAAGAAGCAUGUCCGCUUCAUCGAAGGAUCAUCACCUUAGCAAUAUUGCAGAAGACGGUCAUGAAGAGUCCAGCCAGGAAUCGGACAGCGAAACGGUAUCUACUAGUCCAAGGAACGACAGGGACGAUCUGGUCAAUCCUUAUUGGAUAGAAGAUCCCGAACUUCGAAAAGGUGAAGUUGAAUAUCUUAGUUCAACGGAAAUACAAUUUUGGAAGGACCUUCUUGAUAAGUAUUUGUAUCCAAUUGACGAAAACAAGGAAGAAAAGGCCAGAAUAGCGAAAGAGCUAAUUGAGCUCCGCAAUAAGUCAGUAUUUGCAUUCUUCAUGUUCAAUGCUCUUUUUGUAUUGGUAGUGUUCCUCCUACAGCUUAAUAAGGAUCAGAUCCACGUUAAGUGGCCUUUAGGAGUGCGCACCAAUAUCACGUACAUUGAGGAAACUUCCGAGGUAUUUACAGGUUUAAGAGCGGACCUCUUCUGUGGAGUGGGAUACUAAUGUGUAUCUCUUUUGGUUGGGAAUCUUCUACCUACUGUCAACGCACACUCAAUACACUCCAAUUCCUCUGUUUUUAAAUUGUUUGUCCGUCCCUGUUCAGGACACAAUUUACACGAUAAACGUAUAUACAGGGUGAUUCUUUUUAUUCGUACGAACGUUAAUUUUGGUGGGAGAAAAAUUUAACGUACUGUUCGUUUCAAGAAGUUAGAGAUAUGCCCCUUCCCUUUGUUAGGAU